UUUGUAUGACAAACAAAUGUGUGGCCUCUCGUCGCUGGACAUCACUUUGUGUUUUUAUAGAUUAAUAUCGACUUAAAAGUUGAUUAAAUAAUAAAUACAAUUAAUGGCCAAAACAUUUGUCUAAUCUGUCGGACGUUAAGCAUCACUAAUAACUAGCGAUGGAUAGUCUUAUGAAGACCUAUCUUAUGGCUAUAAUCUUCAUUGUUUACAUACAAACAGAUGGAGAUGUAGUGAUGGCUUCAAUGGUUUGCGCCUAUUCUAAGCCACAGGCGGACACAUCUGUAAGAUCUGUCGCAACAGAUAAGAGCACAGAAUCUAUUGAUUCCAAUGAAGAGCUCAAUAACCAAAACGAAACGGUGAUUGAGUGUCCGGCCGAACACCACUCGUGUUACACGUUAUGGAAAUAUAAUCCAAUCGAUCCGACAAAUGCUAGUCUUUAUGUAAUUCUGGCCAAAGGAUGUUGGGAUACGUCCACAAACACCGAGUGUCAAACCGAACAGUGCUUUUCAUAUAAAAAGCCCGUCGAGGCUCUAAACCAUACAAAAUUUUGUUGUUGUUUCGGCCCUCUUUGCAACGCCAACCUAUCGGCCGAUAGUUAUUUCAAUACACAUCAACCCAUACAACCAUUUGCCAGAUAUUCUAAUGAAAAAUUAAAAGGUUUAGAAAAUGAGAAGAAUAUAUCAAACAAAGCAGUUAUGGUCGCCUGUAUGGCAGCUCUGAUUAGUAUUGUGUUACUUGUGUUGGGAUUUACUGUCUGUUGUCGAGCGCUCAGCUCUUCUGUGAUGAGUGCCAACACUAAACACAAGAACUCAGAUUCACUUCAUUUACUGGAAUCCAAUUCCUCGUCCACUCAGAGCUCUUCUAUUGUUUGUGAUUUAGAAAAUAUGAAAUUAAUUGAAGAAAUUGGUAGAGGAAGGUAUGGAUCCGUUUGGAGGGGUCUUCUCAAUGACCAGACAGUGGCCGUCAAGAAGUUUGGACCACAACAUAGAGACUAUUAUUUGAAUGAAAAAGAUAUUUAUUUAUUAUCAUAUAUGGAAUUCAGUCAUUGUUUGCCUCGACUUCUGGGUUUCCAAGAGCUCUGCACCGAUGGUCGACACGAAUACCAAUUAGUGUUGAGUUACGCGUCGUUGGGAUGUCUUCAGGACUACUUACGCAACAAUACUAUCGAUUGGUUAACGUUAUGUAAAAUGAUUCAAACGACAACUCAAGGGUUGGCGUAUUUGCACAGCGAAGUCAACAAAGGGGACAGACGUAAGCCAUGUGUCGCACACCGAGACCUGAGCUCCAGAAAUAUAUUAGUGAAAGCGGACAACACUUGUAUGAUAUGUGACUUCCAGUUCGCGAUCCGAAUCUCUGGUUCGGAAUACUAUUCGUGUGGCGAGCGAUACGACUCGCAGACGGCGUCCCUCAACGAUGUCGGGACUCUUCGAUAUAUGGCCCCCGAAAUACUGGAGGGAGCCGUCAAUCUGCGCGACUGCGAGUCCGCUAUGAAGCAGAUCGAUGUGUACGCUCUGGGGCUGGUGUUGUGGGAGUGCGCCAGUCGUUGCUCAGACCUAUACCAAGGCGUCGAAGUGCCCGACUAUAGGCAGCCGUUCGAGAAAGAGUUGGGUCUUCGGCCGUCGUUCGAUCAAAUGCAAGUCAUGGUCACCAGACAUAAGGCGCGCCCACUCUUUCCCGACAUCUGGAAGGACAGCAAUCCUGCCAUUCGGUCGCUGAAGGAGACAAUAGAGGACUGUUGGGAUCACGACGCGGACGCCCGGCUCACCUCACUCUGCGUUGAGGAGAGACUCUUUGAAUUACCGCUUCUGUGGGAACGCUAUAAGAGUGGAACCAUUACUAGUUGUGUCGGAACCAUGUAUUCCAUGUCAACUCAAUCUCAUUUGCUGACCAACAAUAACCAGAAGAACGCGUUUCGACUCAAUGGCGGAAGUAAUAGCUUUCAUAACAUAAUUGGAGGCAUUUCUGGAGCCAUUCCUCUCGAACCGAACGAUAAGAUAACGAAUGAUUUGCAGACAAGUCUUCUCAUUAAUCGACUCGAAUAUCCCAAUCAUAACAUAAAUACAAAUAAUAAUAUAAAUAAU